AUGUCCGCAGAACCCGUCUCAGCUUCCAACGACGGCGCCAAUGCGCCCGCGCACGAAGGAAUCACUCAAGAACCUGGCUUCAAGGUCUUCGCCGGUAAUCUUGCGUACGCGACUACAGAUGAGGGAUUGAAAAACUUCUUUGCUCCAGUCGCUGAUGACAUUAUCUCCACUCAUAUCAUUACACGUGGACUGCGUUCUGCGGGCUACGGCUUUGUAACUGUCAAAAGUGAGGCCGCUGUUGAGAAGGCUGUUGUUGAGUUGAACAGGAAGGAGCUCGAUGGUCGUACUGUCAUCGUUGAGGCUGCUAAACCUGUUGAAGACAAAGACAGGGAAAGGUCUGAAAGGAAGCCGAAGAAGAGGUCUGGAAGACGCGGCAGCAAGGCGCCUCUUGGUGAAGUGACAGAGGCAGAGGCCAAUGGUGAGGCCGGCGAGAAACCCGUUGAUGCUCCUGCUGAGAGUGCUGAAGGCGCUGAGGGCGCCGAAAAACCCAAAAAGAAGCAUCGAAAACAUCGCAAGAGUCAUCGGAAGCCGAAGGCCGCCAAUGGCGAUGCUGCUCCACCCGCUACUGAGAAUCAAGGUGCUGCACCUGAUGUCGCUGAUGGUGAAACUCCCGUGGCCACUGAAAAAGGCGAUAAGCCAAAGAAGCCAAGGCGCGUACGCCGACCCCGUCCGCCACGCCCCGAGGGUGAAGCGCCUUCUGGUGAACCUUCUAAGUCGGUUCUAUUCGUUGCUAAUCUUGCCUUCGACAUCGAUGACAGCGCUCUUGCCAAGAUCUUCACAGAUGAGGGCAUUAGCGUCGCCUCUGCUCGUGUCGUCAUGAGGAGGCUCGGUCAUCCUAGGAGGAGCAAGGGCUACGGGUUUGUCGAUGUUGAAAAUGAGGAGAAUCAAAAGAGGGCUGUCGAACUUCUUUCCGGCAAGCUGAUUAACGAUCGCGAGAUUGCUGUCAAAGUCGCCAUCAGCAACCCUCCCGACGCCGCCGAGCAUGCUGCUGAGGGCGCUCCCGCUAAUUAUCAGGAAGAGACUGUCGCUGCCUAA